CAAAACUAUGAUUGAUCGACAUUCUCUUCCCGCAUUGGCUUCCACUAUCUUCUCCCCUCUCCGCGCCGGGUGGCUUCCACCGUCUGCGUAGGCAUCCGCUUUCCUUCUGCACACUUUCUUCAUGUACGGUGCAAAAUGCAGACCUCCUCUCAUUGGCUUCCUCUUUCUAUCUCUCCUCUCUCUCUUCAUUGCCUUUUCCUCCGCCUGCUCUAAUGGCAAUUGUCAGAAUUCACAGCUUCUGGAAUCAUGCUCCUCGUCCACGGAUUGCGGGCCAGGUCUCUACUGUGGCAACUGCCCUGCUUUGGGCAGGACGCAGCCUAUCUGUACCAGAGGCCUAGCCACCAUUCCAUCAUCGAUCAUUAACGGAUUGCCCUUCAACAAGUAUACGUGGAUAAUGACCCAUAAUUCAUUCAGCAUCGUUGAUGCACCAUCCUUGCCUGGCGUGCAGAGGCUAACAUUUUACAAUCAAGAAGACACUGUGACCAACCAAUUGAGAAAUGGAGUGAGGGGACUUAUGCUGGAUAUGUACGACUUCGAGAACGACAUCUGGCUUUGCCAUUCCUUCCGGGGACAGUGCUUCACUUUCACCGCAUUUCAACCUGCAGUAAAUACUUUGAACGAAGUCGAAGCAUUCUUGACAGAAAACCCAACAGAGAUUAUCACCAUAAUAAUUGAAGACUACGUCCAUUCUCCAAAAGGAUUGACUAAUUUAUUUACCAGAGCGGGACUGGAUAAAUAUUGGUUUCCUGUGUCUAAGAUGCCGAAAAAGGAUGAAGAUUGGCCCACUAUAACGGAGAUGGUUCAAGCAAAUUACCGUCUUCUUGUUUUCACUUCCAUUGCUUCAAAGGAAGCUGAAGAAGGAAUAGCUUAUCAGUGGAAUUACAUGGUCGAAAAUGAGCCUGGAGAUCCUGGAGUUCAACAGGGAUCUUGCUCGCAUAGAAAAGAAUCAAAGCCAUUACAUUCUAGAAGCGCAUCACUUUUCUUGCAGAAUUACUUUCCAACCUAUCCAGUUGAAGCUGAUUCAUGCAAAGAGCAUUCUGCUCCACUUGCGGCGAUGGUGAAUACUUGUUACAAAAAUGCAGGAAACAUGCUGCCGAACUUUAUAGCCGUUAAUUUUUACAUGAGAAGUGAUGGGGGCGGUGUUUUUGAUGUUGUGGAUAAAAUGAACGGCCACGCAUUAUGUGGGUGCAGUACCAUCGCAGCUUGCCAGGCUGAAGUGCCUUUUGGUACCUGCAAGAACAUUGCGGUACCCAGUGCAAGUCAAAUGACCAAUACUUCUGGAAGCUUUGGGAGCUUUACUGGAUCUGUUCAGUUUACGAGAUCUGCUUCCCCGGCCCAUUCUCCAAAUCAUAUGCUACUCUUGUUUUUCUUCCCACCUGUAGCAGUUUUGCUGCUACUAUGAUAUCAGUAUUAUUGUAUAUCAUAUCAGAGGCAUUUUUCAAGUAUCUUCUAGAAUGUUAGUAUGUUUGCUGCUAUCGUGCUUCAUCUGUGAAAUUUCAUGAGACAGAAAUUUGGGAUUGACGAAGCUAUAUAAAUGGAUCUUGUGCCGUCAUCUAAGGAAUGCAUUGAUGAGAA